GCCGUCGCCGCGUCAGCUGCACUUGCCUCCACACACACACCGCUGGGAUUUGCCCUCGAGGGCUAGCCCGGCCGACACGAACGACCUACCCCACGAGGAGGCACUACUGCAGCGACGCUACAAGACGGCGAAGGACGACCCGGGACCACAAUACGCCUGGAACGGAAUGCCGCCCCAGCAGAAGAACUCCCCGCCGUCCCGGCAGAAGCAGGCUGACGACAAGGAAGCCGCCAACGGCGGCGUCGCCUCACGACCUGCCGUACCCGAGCUGGUGGUCGUCUGCAGCUCCAAGACGCCCUCUCCGGAAGAUGCGCCGCUGCCGCAGCCGCCGGCGGAUCAGCCCGAGAAACUGCUCGAUUUCGACGACGUGUUGCCGCACAUGGGGGAGUUCGGCGUCUACCAGAAGGGUCUUUUCAUCCUGCUGGCGCCGUUCGCAUUCUUCGUCACCUUCGUGUACUUCACGCAGAUCUUCGUCACGCUGACGCCCGAGAACCACUGGUGCAAGGUCCCGGAGCUGAUGAACCUCUCCAUAGAGCAAAGGAAGGCGCUGGCGAUCCCGCCGGCCGAGUCCGGCGGCUUCUCCAAGUGCCGCGAGUACGCGCUGGACUGGGCGGCGCUCAACCUGACCACCGUGCAGGCGGCAGACCCCGCGUGGCCCACGCGGCCCUGCUCCAGGGGCUGGGAGUUCGACAGCGACGAGGUGCCCUACUCCACCAUCGCCAUGGAGCUGGAGUGGGUGUGCGACAAGUCUGCGCUGGGCUCGGUGGCGCAGUCGGUUUUCUUCGCGGGCGCCAUCCUGGGCGGCGUGGUGUUCGGCUGGGUGGCCGACCACUGGGGCCGCAUCCCGGCGCUGGUGGGCACCAACGCCGUGGGCGCCGCCGCCGGCAUCGCCACCGCCUUCGCCUCUAGCUUCUGGGCCUUCUGCCUCUGCCGCUUCCUCGUCGGGCUCGCCUUCGACAACUGCUUCACCAUGAUGUACAUCCUGGUGCUGGAGUACGUGGGUCCGCAGUGGCGCACGUUCGUGGCGAACAUGUCGAUCGCGCUGUACUUCACGCUGGCGUCGUGCCUGCUGCCGUGGAUCGCCUACUUCGUGGCCGACUGGAAGCUGCUCUGCAUCGCCACGUCUGUCCCGCUGCUGCUGGCGCUCGUCACGCCCUGGGUGGUUCCGGAGAGUGCCAGGUGGCUAGUGUCUCAAGGAAAAAUCGACAAAGCCUUACGAAUUAUGAAGAAAUUUGAGAAAAUAAACGGCAAGAAAAUCGAUCCCCAAAUUUACAAGGAUUUUGAAGACAGCUGUCACAAGAUCUGCAAAGAGGAGGAGCAGGACAAGAGCUACUCAGUGCUGGACCUCUUCAGAACUCCGAGACUCAGGAGGAUAACCAUUCUGCUAAUCAUCAUCUGGAUGGCGAUCUCGCUGUGCUUCGACGGACACGUGCGCAACGUGGGCUCGCUGGGGCUGGACGUGUUCGUGACGUUCACGAUCGCGUCGGCCACGGAGCUGCCGGCGGACACGUUCCUGACGAUGGUGCUGGACCGCUGGGGCCGGAGGUGGCUCGCCUGCGGCUCCAUGGUGCUCAGCGGCGUCUUCAGCCUGCUCGCCAGCGCCGUGCCCACCGGCAUCGCGUCCGCGUCGCUGGCCAUCAUGGGCCGGUUCAGCGUCAACAUCUCGUACAACAUCGGGCUGCAGUACGCCGCCGAGCUGCUGCCCACCGUGGUGAGGGCGCAGGGCGUGGCGCUCAUACACAUCAUGGGCUACGUCGCCACGCUCAUCUCGCCCUUCGUCGUCUACCUGGCUGUGGUGAGCCCGGUGCUGCCGCUGAUCGUGUUGGGCGCCAUCGGCGUGGUGGGCGGCGCGCUGUCGCUCUACCUGCCCGAGACGCUGGACAAGGAGCUGCCGCAAACGCUGCGCGACGGGGAGCAGUUCGGCCUGGGGCAGCGGCUGCUCGACUUCCCCUGCUGCGGAAAAAAACCAGAAGCGAAGGACGCAGCAGCGGCGGUGGAGACGGGCAAAGAGGCGUCACCGCCGGCCAGUCCGUUCCAGCGAGGCCUGGGCAACCGCGCCUCGCUGCGAGCCUCCAUCCGCGGGGAGACCUACCGCUCCAGCAUGAUCCUGCGCUCUUCCGUGCGCUCGCGCCGCGCUGCCUCGCCGCCAGAUGCCAGCACCGCCGCAGGCGCAAGCGCUGGCGCCGCCACGCAGCCCGACGCCGUUUGAUGAGGCGGAGCAGACCAGACAGCCCUCUAGCGUCGCUGCGUCGCAGCACUCGGAGAAGUUAAACACUUGCCGUCCUCUGCUCUCCCUUGCCCUCUCCAUCGCUGUCUCGGGCUAUAUCGGUGGAAGAAUAACCAGCGUAUGGAUCUCUCGUACACCAGUCUCUGAUUCGAGCCACAGCUGACGCUAGUGUUUUCAGUUCCUAAGAUCCACGCCCUCCCUUCUCCUUUCAUGUUUAGGAAGCUGGGUGGAAUAAAGGUUUAUAUAGACUCACUAUUUUGGCCGGCAGGUCCCGUCGGCCUUCGCUGCCGAUUGAUGAUUCUCUAGCUAAAGCAUCAUUGUAUGUCAGCAUGCAUACCGCUCUCCUGAUCCUUAAUGUCGCAUUUAGGACCAAAGCCAAAACUGUUUCUACAAGUAGCUCAUCAGUCAUCGCCAAGGAGCCUCCCACCAAUGGAAAAUUCUCAUCAGUACCGGAAAUGAAAUCCCGUUAAACAGAUGUCGGUCAUGUGGGCUAGCUGCUCGGCUAUGGCGGUGGACAACAUUCUGAUAUCCUUCUCAAAAGUUUAUCAUCUUCAACAUCAGAUGUGUGCCUACCCCGCCGCUAAAAUUCUUUUUCCGCACAAGACAGAAAUCGAUGUUUUAAGCACAUACGCAGAUGCAAUGUUCUUCUUUUGUGAACUUACGAUUGCGUUCCUUUCAUACACUUUCUGAGUCUGAGACUAUCUCUGCACACAUAUAAUAUUCACUGUAAGUGUUACAGAGCGUAUUACUAUAUAUUAAAACUGAAUAUUGUAUCAAACAUGAAACCACACAGUCUAUGCUUUGACCAUAACAGACGCGGGUAGACUCAGGAAAAGUGAUAUAUUUCUUUAGUUUCAUCACGGUCCUAUACACGAGCUAUUUAAUUUAUGUCAGUCAGUUCUCCCAGAUGCUCUCCGCCAAUAACAUGGCAAAUAUAAACAACUUAGUUUAAAAGACUAGAAGCCACCGGUGAUAGAGUAUCGUACUUUCAACAUCUUUGAUAGAAUUGUGGUAUUUAAUGUUUGUGUGGCUGCAUAAGUUUUCUCACUGACAGAAUACAAUAUUUUGAUCGUAUUGGACAAUGUUGUUAGGCAAAGUUUCAGUACCUUUACCAAUGAAAACACGUUACUGGAACAAAGUAUAUACGAAAAGAAGGGACUGGCCUUCCUGUAGGUAUUAUUUCGUAAAGUAGGCCAACUAAAAUUCGUAUUAGAAUAUGUACACGCCGAUAACUUUUCUACUCAUAAAACUGCCUACUGCUCUGUACGUCUGGAUGUAUUUCGUAAUCACCACAGGCACCGCCGAGGAGGGAAGCUGGUAUUUACUUGUAAAAGCGAAAUUAAAAACUGUUUGCAUCAUCUAAACAAAAUGUGAUUAGCAUUUCUGGAAAAUAUCAUCGUCUAUACCAUAGCGAUAGUAUUUGGCACAGUCAGAUGACAAAUGCAAAGCACGUAUGCGAAAUAUUAGCACAAGAAGUUAACCUGCGU